AUGACGAAGUCCUACCGUACGUACAGCAAGACUGCUCGCAGUCCCAAGCGUCCCUUUGAAAAGGAACGCUUGGACCAGGAAAUGAAGCUCCUGGGCGAGUACGGUCUGAAGAACAAGCGAGAGGUGUGGCGCGUGCAGUACGCCCUUGCUAAGAUUCGUUCUGCAGCCAGAGAGUUGCUCACUCUGGAAGAGAAGGAUCCCCGCAGACUUUUCCAAGGGACAGCUCUGUUGCGUCGCAUGGUUCGUCUGGGAUUGUUGGGCGAGUCGGAGCAGAAGCUCGAUUAUGUCCUCGGUCUCACCGUUGCCAAGUUUCUGGAGAGGCGCCUUCAGACCAAGGUCUUCAAGCUUGGUUUGGCGAAAUCCAUUCACCACGCUCGUGUUCUUAUUCGUCAGCGCCACAUUCGCGUGGGAAAGCACAUUGUAGAUAUCCCGUCUUUCAUGGUCCGUGUUGAUUCUGAAAAGCAUGUUGACUACGCGAUUACUUCUCCGUUCGGAGGUGGUCGUCCGGGCCGUGUAAAGAGACGCUCUCUGAAGGGCGGCAAUGCUGAGGGUGGAGACGACGAGUAA